GGCGGGCGAAGGCGGGAGCGCGCGGGAGCCGCGGGCGGGCCGCAGGAAACAUGAAGGUCAUCACCUGUGAAAUCGUGUGGCAUAACAAGGAGCCGGUUUACAGCUUGGACUUCCAGCAUGGAGCGGAUGGGAGGAUGAAUCGCCUGGCCUCGGCAGGGGUGGACACGGCCGUGAGGAUCUGGAAGGUGGAGAAGGGCCCGGAUGGAAAAGCCAUCGUGGAGUUCCUGUCCAACCUGGCGCGCCACACCAAGGCCGUGAACGUCGUGCGCUUCUCUCCCAGCGGGGACAUCCUGGCCUCAGGAGGGGAUGAUGCUGUCAUUUUGCUGUGGAAGCUGAAUGACAGCAAAGAGUUGGAGCCGUUGGUGUUUCAGGAUGAUGAUGAAGCUCAGCUCAACAAGGAGAACUGGGCAGUCAUUAAAACUUUGAGAGGCCACUUGGAAGAUGUGUAUGAUAUUUGUUGGACCUCAGAUGGAAAUUACAUGGCAUCUGCUUCUGUGGAUAACACAGCAAUCAUGUGGGAUGUCAAUAAAGGACAGAAAGUUUCAAUAUUUAAUGAGCACAAGAGUUAUGUCCAAGGAGUCACCUGGGAUCCUCUGGGCCAGUAUAUUGCAACCCUGAGUUGUGACAGGGUCCUGCGAGUUUACAGCACCCAGACCAAGCGAGUGGCCUUCAAUGUCACCAAGAUGCCAUCGGGGUCAGGAGCUGAAGGAGAGGUGAGGAGCUUUCGGAUGUUCCACGAUGACAGCAUGAAGUCGUUCUUCCGCAGGCUCAGCUUCACCCCUGAUGGCUCCUACCUGCUCACUCCAGCUGGCUGUGUGGAAUCAGGAGAGAACGUUACCAACACCACCUAUGUUUUCUCCAGAAACAAUCUUAAAAGGCCCGUGGGUCACCUGCCCUGUCCUGGCAAGGGCACUCUGGCUGUUCGCUGCUGCCCUGUGUACUUUGAGCUGAGAGCAGCCUCUGCUGCAGAUGAAAUCAGCCCCAAAUCCCCCCCUGCCCUGUUCAGCCUCCCCUAUCGAUUGGUGUUUGCUGUUGCCUCCGAGGAUUCUGUGCUGUUUUAUGACACUGAGCAGUCCUUCCCCUUUGGUUAUGUCUCCAACAUCCAUUACCACACCCUGAGUGACAUUUCAUGGUCCAGUGAUGGAUCCUUCCUGGCCAUUUCCUCCACGGACGGGUACUGCUCCUUCGUCACCUUCGAGGAGGAUGAGCUGGGAGUGCCCCUGAAGGAGAAGCCCCAGAUCCCUGUCAGGACUCCUGGAGGAACAGCAGCAGACAAGAAAGCCAAGAAAAGCCAAUCCCACAAAGUGAUUUCCCCAGGCUCCAGGCUGCCAGAGGGGACCCCUCCCAGCAAGGAUCCCCCAGGGCAACCCCGAACCCCCAGCACUGCUGGGAAGGAGCUGCCUUCAACCCCUGUGGGCAUCAAAAGCACCCCAGUGCCAUCCCCUUCCACCCCUGUGGGCAUCAAAACCACCCCAGUGCCAUCCCCUUCAACCCCUGUGGGCAUCAAAAGCACCCCAGUGCCAUCCCCUUCCACCCCUGUGGGCACCAAAGCCACCCCAGUGCCAUCCCCUUCAACCCCUGUGGGCACCAAAACCACCCCAGUGCCAUCCCCUUCCACCCCUGUGGGCACCAAAGCCACCCCAGUGCCAUCCUCAGAGGAGAGGAGGAGCAGCCAGAGCAGCAGAGCCCCCCAGCCCAGGAGGGUCACCCUCACCACUCUGCAGUCCUGUUUCAAAACACCCAGGAGAAUAAACUUGAUUUCCUUGAAGCCAGAGAGCCCAGCCUCUGCAGAUCCAGAGCCAGCCCCCAUGUCCAUCCCUCCUUCCUCAGAGCAGGAGCAUGAGAAGCCAUUGCCAUCUGAUGAGAGCCUCCAAGCUCCCCCAGCCCCAAAACGUGCCAGGACUGAGGAUUUGUCCCUUCCUGCUCCUGCUGGAGACCAGACCAGCUGUGAGUCCAACAAAUAAAGGCUGAGCACACCCCUCCCAGCCUGAAUCCAAGCAGCCAUGUCUGAAUUCAUUUCUUUUUGCAAAAAUUCAAUCCUCAAUUCCCAGUCCAAGUUCCCGGGUUUGAUGUAGAAACAUCAACAUUUCUGUGAAACUGCCAGUAGAAGAUCCAGGUUUCAGGAAUGUCCUGCAGCAGGAGAAAUAGUUGGGAAGUGACUUCAAGAAUAAGGAAAUCAGGGAAAUCUGGGGAUUAAAAAUCCAUCCAGUAAGAUGUGAGUCUCCACCAGAGUUCCUAAAUCAUGUUUAGAAAGCAUCAUGCCUUCCAGUAACUGGCUGGCAAAAAGAAUCCAAUGCAUUCAUGAGAUUUGAUGUUGUUCAAGACUUAAAAAAGGAGGAAAUUGUGUCAUUUUGUGUUAUUCCUGGUGUAAAAUGAUGCUCCCAGGGGCUGUGGGGUGGAGCUGAUGCACUCUGAGCUCAGCACAAAGCUCAGGGCUGGGAUGUGCAAGCAGAAAUGAGAAGAUUGAACUUCUUUCAAGAACAAGAAAGCAAAAGGAGGAAAUUCUCUGAAGAGCUGCUGGGAGAAUGAAACAGCAGAAAGUUCUUCUUGUUUCAUUCCUGCACUGAAAAAAGAAAUGCAGCUGUGGGAUUUUCCUGAGGCAGCAGGAUUUGAGAUUUGAGUGUGUACAUUGAAAUUUCCCCUUUUCCCCAACUCCCUUGGCCAAUAAAACACAAUCCAGUGGAUGGG